UGAUAGAAGAUAUGAUGGUUUUACAGAACCAUACAAAUUCAGAGAAUGAAGAUACACACCCAACAAGUCAUGCAGACCAGGCCGUGAAUAUGAAUGCUGAGGAAGUCUCAGACACACAUGAGGAAGUGGAUCCUCUGCAAAUAACAUUUCAGGAGAUAAAGGCUGAACCUGAGGACUGUAUGAAUUCUGAGAAUGUUUUAGUGGGUCCAUAUGGUGAGACAUACCCAACACCUCAUGAUGCAAAUCAGGCCAUGAAUGUAAAACCUGACACAGUCUCAGAUGCAGAAGAAGAAAAGGAUUCUGUUGCAAUACCAUUUCCAGAACUAAAGGCUGAACCUGAGUAUGUAUCAAUGUAA